AUGCAUGUUUCAGAUCUCAUUGAUGGACUUGCCAAUCUAGAAGCUUAUGCCACUCUUCUGAAAGCUUGGGGUGCCUUGAAAACUAGGCUUUUGGAUGAAGAGUUGAUGGCAAACCUGAUCUUUGCUUCUAAGGCCUGUGAAAUGGAAAGCAAGGCAUGUCAAGCACUAAAUGCUUUCAGCAGUGCAUCAGCUGCCGACCAGCAGCUGGACAAAAUGUCACCUCCCAGCAUUAUAGCAAUGGGAUGGCAGGGGGACAAUUCUGAGGAUCAGCAGGGAAAUAUGGAUGAAAGCAUGAGCUUGAGGAGCUGUAGUCACAAAAACCUAGCUGCAUUUGGGUCCCCGCUUCCACCAGGAGAGUCACACAAAGGCCUUCCGGAGAAGAAAGCAGCCUCCAGAUGGCAUCUGACCAUGGGGGACAAACCAUCAGGUGCAAUACAGGGACUGAGCAGGAAACACCUUACCAACAAAGAGUGGAGCUUCAUCCAUCAUUUGCAUGUUCAGGAGAAGAAAAAUAAUGCUGGUCGCCAUGUUCCCCAUGGCUUUUGGGAGAAUGUUGUCAAGAUGCUUUCUCUAGACAAAAGGGGGAUUACCAACAAAGACUGUUGCAGUUUAUAUUACAAGAUGGUGGGAAAGAAUAAGGAAGACAUGGUCACCAAAGUGGAAGUCAAAGUCUAA